AUGAACCACAGCGUACACGAGGAAGCGGAAGGUAUGUUUGCGAUGGGCGAAGAGACGAUCGCUCUUACCCUCAAGGAGAAGCUCCUCUUUGAGCAGGGUGUUUCGUUCGGCACGCGCGACGUACCUGAGUUGGUCAACAUCUCCAAGGACGACACGCACGCCUGGCCGGCCGUCGCGCGCCGCAUGUAUCCCUCCGCCGUCAACGCGCCGAUGGAGUCCAUCGUGACGCCGUUUGUGAAGAACUCGCUCGCAAUCAGCAACCACCUCAUCGGCGUCCUCACUGACAAGCUCGGGCUCCCUGCGGGCACGCUCGCGUCUCUGCACAAGGUCGAGGGGUUCAGCGGAUGUACGGCGCGGUUCACGGUCUUUGGGUCCUUGUCGUUCCCGCACAACCGCCUCAGCGGCUUGCAGGUGCUCCCGCCCGGGUCCGACCAGUGGUUUUACAUCAAGCCCUUGCCCGGAGACGCGAUCUGCAACAUCGGCGAUGCCUUCAACAUCUCCUCCGGCGGCAUCCUGCGCUCCAACAUCCAUCGCGUCGUCCCGCCUCCGCGGGAGCAAGCCCAGUACGAACGGCACUCGGUCGUGUUCUUCACCCGUCCGAACGACACCGUCGAGCUGCGGGCGCUGUCCGCGGAGAGCGAGCGCAUCUCUGCGGCAGUCGCCAACGCACCACCGGGGAAGUACACCCCGGCGUGA